GAUUCAGUUGCUUUCCUUUUCCUGACAGGCAUUUGAGGUGCUUUUGCAGAGGUUUGGAAUGUGUUUUAGUCAACAGCAGCUUGGGUAACUGGAGGAUGUUAUUGCAGAAAUGACAAAGGAAAAUGCUUCUGUGUUGUAACUUGUUCCAUCAGUCUCCUGUGCGCUGCUGCUCUCACGUUUACCUCCCUGGGUUGGGUUUCUGAAGACAAUAGUUUUAUGCUACUAAGUAGAAAGCACUGAGAGGAAACACAGCUUAAGAAAAAGUGAUACUUUCACGUUAACUAUUAACCAGAUUCCAACAAGCUCGAGCACAUUUCAAGCGAGGGUAACUUGUUGGGCUGUUGAACAAGAAGGAACUCCAGAGUGAAGAAUAGGCAUGGGCAUACUCUAUUCAGAGAAAUAGCAUCCAAAAGGGACAGAACAUCCAUUCCACUGUGCAAAGGCUGCGGCUUUGGGGCUGAGAGCUGUGUAGCAGCUGCAGGAGUGUCUCCUACCACCAUCUUCUGGAAGGCACCAAGAACUACAGCCUCUGUCAAGCGUUUUGGGGUGUGUGAGGAGUGAGCCAGAACGGCAAGUGUGGAUGACUUAGUGGAACACGUGCUGAUGAAUAUUAUCUUCUCACUUCAGCCCAUCUGUCAGGCAGCUUAUAACAACGAUUUCAACAAAGUUCAUCUCCUUUUGGAGGGCAACAGCAACUAUUUGAAUGUCCAGGACAGCUUCCUUGGAGACACCCCCUUAAUUUGUGCAUGUAGACAAGGAAACAACAGGAUAGUUGACUAUCUUCUUAGGAAACAUGCUGAUGUCAACCUCAGAAAUAAGAAGGGCUGCACUUGCCUCCAUUACGCUGUGAGGAAACGGUUCACCUUCCUUGACUAUGUGCUCAUCAUAAUCCUCAUGCCAGUUAUGCUUAUUGGGUACCUUCUCAUGGUCUCAAAGACAAAACAGAAUGAACACCUGGUCAAGAUGUUGCUUAGAGCUGGAGUCGAUGUGAAUGCUACAGACUCUUCUGGCAGCACAGCCCUUCACUAUGCUUGUGAAAUGAAAAACCAGGCAGUCAUUCCUCUAUUGAUUGAAGCUCAUGCAGACACUUCUGUAAAGAAUCAGGAUGGGGAGACUCCUUUAGAUAUAACAAGAAGAUUACAGUUCCACAACAUUGAAAGCAUGAUAAGAAAAGAUUCUUAACCAUCAAGGACUCUCAAACAUGUAGAAGAUUACCUCAUCUGACUACCCACUUACACAACAACAAAAGUCCUUCAGAGGAUGAGGGCUGAUACUUGGUAAAGACUCAGUCCACAUCCACCCAUUCCUUGCUGCAAACUUGGACAAUUUAGUGUGAGAUUUGUCAGUACCCCAAGGCCAUGAAGUUCAUUUUAUUUUACUAAGCCAUGAGUUACUACAAUAGUGUUCAAAAUAUUGCCCUUUCCAUCUGCUUCAUCAGUUUUAUUACUUGACUUCUGCAGACUGUGGAUUUUGAAAACUAGCAAUAAAAUAUCUGGAAGCCUGAACAUUGCAUAUGAUGGUUGGCAGCCAAUGGAAAAAUAAAAUAUCCUUUAGAGUGUGUGCUACUUGUUCCAUAGGGAAACUAAACAAUAUGCUACAGCAGUUGCAAAAGGUCUGGUACCCUUCUUCUUGGUAUUUGUCUUCCUACAAUGGGAGGGGCUGGGAAAGCAGAUCUCUCAGUUGAGCCCUUCCUCCUUCAAUCCUUUCUAGAAUUUUCACACACCUUAUUCUCACUGUGUUGCUACAAGGGUAGGACUUAGGUUUCAUCUAAGAAACAGCAAAAAUAGGUUCAAUGCCUUGCUGGAUUAAGAAAGAAAGUCAAUUCCCAGAUCACUUUAAUGCAUUAAGAAAUAGUAAAGAAAAUAUGUUUGGCUAAGUAGAGAAACAGGUCUCUUGACUACCUUUCCACUAUAAACAGUGUACUAAAGAAAAAAAGGAGUCAAUAAAUGAAAUGCUGUUGAUGGAAACCAGAUGCAUCAUUCCCAUGGGACUAGGCAGGAUAGCCUGCUGUACAGAGUGGUGCAGGCAGCAGGGGAUAAUACCAAUCAUAAUAAUAAUAUAUCCAUGAGUCUUCUCUUGCAUAAGUGAAGGCAGAAUAAAACCUGCAGUAAUAAGCAAUGUGUUAAAGCGGUCCAGUGCUUUGUGAUUUAAUAAUGCAGCAACAAAGGGGAAGCUCCUUUCAUAUGCUGGUUUGUUGUGCCUCCUUGGUAUAAUGGAUCUUUAUUUUUGUUGACAAUUUUGGCCUUUUCCUGUAAGCUGUCAGAAGUGCAGCACAGCAUUGCUAACGGGUGCCACAGUAGGUGUGUGGACAAGCUAGUGUACUUUUCCUGUGUUAUAUUUUUCAGUGUAACUAUUGUAUUGGAUGUCAACUCCAACUACAAGGGGUCUUGGGAGAUGAGCUUGAGGCUGCAGCCAGAAACACUCCAUGAAAUAAAGCUCCUUGUUGGAACAUGUAAUAAUGAGCAUUUUGUGUGCAGUCUGGGGAGAAACACUCCAGAUCAGCUUGUAGCUGAGAAGAGGGGAGGCACUUGCUUGGAUUAUGAAGACACCAUCUCUUAGGGCUGAUGGCUGGAAGGGGAAAACAUCCAACUGCUUUGCCAUGUUUUAGGCUUGAAUGAAGAAUGGCCCAGGCACAGGGCUGUGUAAAAGUGAAUGCUGACAGCUGAGAGUGCUGGCAACAUCUUCACUGCCAGUGUGAAGAAUAAUUCAUAGGGUGAAGCUGUAUUGCCUGGAGUGCACUUUGCUGGAUGGAUCUACAUCUCCUUAUUCCACAGCUGCCAUCUGUGGUCUUUGAAACUGUGAGGGGCUCAGGGUGUGUGAACAAACAUUUGUGUGAUUUGUAGGCAUGGGGCAGAGGAAUACUUCAAUAAAUGCUUUUGAGGUUGGA